AUGCAGCUGAAAGAUGGCAGACAAAUAAAGAAUCUGACCACGGAAGAAACGUACAAAUACCUGGGCAUAGAACAAACCUUUGAAAUCAGACAAAAAGAGAAUAAGGAAAGAGCCAAAAUGGAACUGUAUAGAAGAUUAAAACUGAUACUUAAGACGCAGCUAUCCUCGAAAAACAAAAUGACGGCCAUCAACAUCUGGGCUAUUCCGUCGUUCACUUACACAGCAGGAACAGUCGCGUGGUCGAGAACGGAUUUGCAACUAAUCGACAGAAAAAUUAGAACCACACUAACCCAAUUCGGGCUCUUACAUCCCAACUCGGCGAUAGAAAGGUUAUAUUUGCCUAGGAAAGAAGGAGGGCGAGGUCUUUGCUCGAUUGAAGACGUCUGUGAUAAAGAAAAAAUUAACAUCAAAAAUUAUUUCCGAAACAUCAACUUACCUGUACAUCAAUGGGUUACAACACAAGACAUCAUAACACAGGAGGUGAGCGAGGAUCAACAGGAUAGAGCAAACUCUGUAGAACAGCUCAGACAUAGGUGGCAAAGUAAACAACUACAUGGCAGAUUCUACACAAGUAUGCACCAGGAAGAAAUAGAUACAGCAGCCUCCAACACAUACCUGACUCAAGGUUACCUCUUCCCACAAACGGAAGGAACCAUUUUUGUUAUUCAAGACCAGGUGGUGCCUACCCGAAACUAUACCAAAAUUAUAAUGAAACAGCAAGUAGAAAACACCAAAUGUCGACUGUGCAACAAAGCUGAAGAAACCAUUCAACACCUACUAUCUGGUUGCUCAGUGAUCGCCAGCACAAAAUAUCUGUCACGACGUAAUAAUAUGGGGAAAGUGGUGCAUCAGGGGAUAUGCUUGGAAAAAAAUCUAUUGAAGAACUUUACUCCGUACCAUCUCUACGUCCCAGAACCAGUAUUGGAAAACAACGAAAUGAAGGUAUACUGGGACCUCACGGUCCCUGACUUGGGAACAGAGCACAACAGGCCAGACAUGGUUGUGUGGGAUAAGAUACAUAAAACAGCUACGAUAAUCGACUUUGCCGUCCCACUAGAUCACAAUCUGAGCAAAACAUAUGCAGAAAAGAUUGGGAAGUAUGAAAUGUUAUCAAGACAGAUAAGAGAUAUGUGGAAGUUAAAAAGAGUCGACAUCAUACCACUCAUCAUAAGUGCCAAUGGGCUAGUGCUAAAAAAAACCGUACAACAUCUGAAGGAACUAGGAAUGCACCCCAACACUAUCUCAUGGAUGCAGAAGGCGGUACUAUUGGGGACAGUCAACAUCGUCCGACAGGUUCUCUUCCCUCACUGA